UUGCCGCUUUGGCCUCUUUGCCCUCUUUGGCUGGAAAAGCGAAACGACGAAAAUGACCUUGUCGCGCGUCUCCAAGGCGGAUGCGACUGCGCUGCUGAUGGAAAGCGGCUCCGAGGGCAUGUACAUUCUGCGCGAGUCCAACACCGAGCCGGGCCUCGUCGUCCUCGCAGUCAGAGUUGGACCAAAGGUCGACCAGUACAUGAUCAAGCCAGACCCAGCUGGAAAUGGCACGUACAAGCUUGGCAAGGUUGCUGGCACGCUCAGCCAAAUCAUUGAGCAUCACCGUCGCACUCCGUUGCAGAAUGUGCUCCUCACCCAGCCGUUGCCGACAGCGGGGCGUCGGCCCCCGAUCGCUGCCGCAGCGCGAGCAGAAUCUCCAACCACGAGUAUUCCAAACCUCCCGUCUGCCGAUCAAUCGCGCUCGUUCGUUCUCAACGAUGUUUCCAAGCGUCCAGUUUGGUUCCAUGGCGGUCUGUCCAAGGACCAGGCCGAAUCCCUCCUCAUGGAAGGCGGUAAAACUGGCUCCUUCUUGGUGCGCACAAGCCCGAACAAUCCCGACGAAUACGCGCUUGCUCUUCGCCGCGAGGAAAACGACGUCAAACACCUCAAAAUCACCUUGACUCCAAACGGCAUGUACUCGCUGGGCGACAACCACGGGCCCUUCCCUUCCAUCGCGGCGUUGAUCGAUACCUACCGCACCUCUGCCUCGCUCUGGGCUACCAAGCUCGUCGAUCCCGUGCCCAUGCUUGCUGCAAUGAAUAUCACAGUGUCCGUCAUGAAAAGCGGCACCCUGUUCAACACUGUGCUCCCCAAGGGUGUGCUCCAAGCGCGCAUGUACAAUGUUGACGAAAUGGGCUACUUUUUGCUCUACAAGGUCGCUGUGAAGGACUCUAAGGAACUUCGCGAGCAGCGUUGGUUACCCUUCCGCAACAUUGUUGAAAUCCGACGCGGCACCAACACGCGCACUUUUCUCCAAAACAAGUCGCUGAUUUCAGCCCCUCUCGCUUUCUCCAUCUUGUACCGCGAUGGCACUGCUGAUAUUCAAUCGCUGGAUUUGAUUGCAUCGACGAACGAAGAGUACGAGUUGUGGCUUGCGGGCCUGGACUAUCUGCUGGGCCAGUCUCGUCGCGCUACAGAUCCCUCCAACUGGGAAGAGUUUAUUCGCAACGAGUGGCUGGCAAUGGGCUUGAACAUUGAGAGCCUUGACAACGAGCGCAUUGUCAAUCGCACCUUGGAGCUCUUCAUCAAGCGCUUGCACACGGGUCUGCCGUCCGACUAUUACCGCGUGAUGGUCAACCAGGCGCUUGUCGGCGCCGUCAACCAACCCAACGUGGCCGAUCCCAACGCCAAGCUGACGUUCACCGUUUACUCGCGCAUGUUUGCGGCGCUGAAGGCGCAACGCAGCGAUCUCAGCCACCUUUUCCAAAGCUCCUUCCUGAAAAUGAACGAGUUUCAUCGGUUUUUGGUGGAGCAGCAGCGAGGCGGCGCGCGUGGCAAUGCUGCCACCGGCAGUCUGGCGGGGCUUUCUUCUUCCUCCGCUCAGAACGACCAGUCUCGCGCAGCGAUCGGAUCCUCGUCGUCCUCCCUCAUGGCGCAGUCCUCAGCCGCGCUCAUCACGGAACGCGAAGCCAGCGCGUUGCUGGCCAAGUACGAAACCUCCCCGCUCAACGUCCAGAACAGAGUCCUGUCGCGCCAGGCCUUCUACCGCUUCUUGCUCUCGCGUGACAAUGACAUUUUCGACCAGCGCCAUCUGUCCGUCUUCCAGGACAUGACGCGCCCCCUCUCACAGUACUAUAUUGCCACCUCGCACAACACGUCGCUCAUUCUCGACACUGCCGCCGUCCCCGAAGUGGCCAUCGACGGCUUUAUGCGGCUGCUGCUCAGCGGCGUGCGCUGUCUGCAUCUCGAGGUCUAUGAUGGCGACGUGGAGCCCAUCGUGUCCUCGCGCUACGUGAUGCCCAGCAAGUCCAAGGCGAGCGUCCCGGGCAGCGUUUCGAGCGCGAGUGGCAAGCACAUGCUUGCCGCGUCCCAGUCGACGGCCGACCCGAACGGCUACGCCGAGUGGAAGCAUCUAUCUGGCGGCGGCGUCGGCACCGACAAGCGUGGCAAGGCCGUCUACGUGAGCGUGCCCCUUUCCCAAGUGCUCCAAGUCGUGCUGACUCACGGCUUUGUCGCCUCGCCCUACCCAGUCAUCCUCGUGGUCAUCAACCGCUGCUCGGCGCCCUUCCAGAACAGGAUGGCUGAUUUGUUCAAGUCCAUCCUCGGCGACGGCGUGCUCGCAGCGCCCUUGAGCGAGGCCACCGUCGGCAACAUUCCCUCUCCGAGCCAGCUCAAGGGUCGCGUGCUCAUCAUGGCGUCCAAGCAGGUCACCGACACGGACUGGUUUGACGACGACUUUGAUCUCCAACCAGCCGCACCGCAGGCGCAACCCAAUGCUCGAGUUAGUGCAGACGGCAGCCCGCGCAUCCUGGUCGAAAAUGCCUUUUCAAACCUCGUCUUCCUUGACCUCAACCGCUUCCAGUCGCUGGCCCGUGGCCGUCGCAUGCCCAUGUUCGAGGUUCCUGCGAUCGACGAGCGUCACUCGACCGAGUUUUUGAGCGCGGAGUCGUCCGUUGUUGCGCUGCAAGACAUUACCCUCCGCAAUCUGGUGCACAAUCGGCCGUACUCUCGUCGCGACAUCAUGACCAACAUGGACCCCAUUCCCGCCUGGAAUGCCGGCAUUCAGAUGGUCGGUGUCAACCACUGCUCGCGCGGUCUCGCCGUCAAGUUCCACCAGGCGCGUUUCCGCGUCAACGGCAACUGCGGCUACGUACAAAAGCCCAGGUUGCUGACGUCUGGAUCCUCCCGGGGCACCUCUUCUGGGGGCAAUGCCGGUGUCAAGUUGGUUAUUCAGGUCAUCUCUGCGCAGCAAUUGCGCCGCCCGACAGGCCCACGAUUGGAGCGCCCUUCGACGGCAAACACAAACGACAAGCCGAUCUCGCCAAUGAUUGUCGUCGAGACGUGCGGUCAGGCACGCGACUCGAUGAAGUUCUCAACGGCCGUCAUUCGCGACAACAAUGGGUUUGAUCCACUGUGGCAGGCGGACACCAAGUUUGUCUUCAAUCUGAACUCGGCCGACUUGACCUUCUUGCGCUUUGCAGCGUACGACGACUCUACUCGCACGCUGCUCGGCCAGGCCGUCUAUCCAGUCACAAGCCUGAACGAUGGAUACCGCCACGUCCGAUUGUGCGACGACGACAACGAGCCAAUUGACCAGAGCACCGUUUUCGUGCACAUUAGUGUCCGCGAGCUGUCAACGCUGGGCGGCCGCAUCGAACUCGCGUUGGACGAUCUCAUCCAGCACCAGAUUGUCCCCUUCACUGCAGAGUUCCCUUCGCCCAACUUUUUUCUGGGACAGGAGGGUGCCGAACUGUUGGCCGAGCAGUAUGGCACCAACGCGCACCUGAUGCGCUUGCUCAAGUCGCUGGAAACAAUGAGGACGACCAUGCAGCGGUCGCGCACGCUGAUUGAUGAGAUCAACGCCAAGCUGCUUCACUUUGGCUCAACCUUUGUCAGCUCGACAGACGAGCAAAGCUUCCGCUUCACUUAUCACAUGAUGCCCGAGGGGGCACACAACUUCCGCUUGUGCAACGUGUACGAGUACAGCCCUGCACAGGAUGUCUACUCGUGGCGUGCGUACUUUUUCCUGUACUAGUGGUUUUUUUUUGUUCAGAGCGCGGGUGGCAGGAAUGCAUCGACACGUGCUCCGAGACAGUUAGUCGUUUUGUUGUUUGAUUUCGUCGCCACGACCAUUUGUUGGGCUGUAAUAAAAUGCAAUAAAUUCUAGAAUCGUC